CGUGACUGGAGUUUGGCGCCAAAAGUAGUGUUGUUGUGAGAGAAGGAGGUGUAGUGGAGGAGCUGGUGAGGUACAGCCACUAUUAUACACCACAACACACCCGGGGCUGAGAGAGCACCAUGGAUGUCGCUGAGACACAGACGGGCCAGAGCCACGUGAAGGAUGAAGUGGGAGAUCGCUGUCAGAAGCUCUUCCAAGACUUCUUAGAGGAAUUUCAGGAGGGAGGCGAGGUGAAGUAUCUGGAGGAUGCCCGAGAUUUGGUGAAGCCGGAGCGUAAUACCCUGGAAGUGUCGUUUGUUGACAUUGACAAGUACAACCAAAACUUGGCUACAACUGUUGUUGAAGAAUACUACAGGGUAUAUCCAUUCCUGUGUCGGUCUGUACGCAACUUUGUGAGAGAUCAUGCAGAAGUUACCGUUGAAAAAGAAUACUAUGUGAGCUUAAUUGAUGUUCCCACAAGACAUAAAAUUCGUGAACUGACCACACACAAAAUUGGUACUUUAGUUCGCAUAUCUGGACAGGUUGUCCGUACCCAUCCCGUCCAUCCGGAACUAGUUGCUGGAACCUUCAUCUGUCUCGAUUGUCAGAGUGUUAUUAAGGAUGUGGAGCAACAGUUUAAGUAUACCCAGCCAACAAUCUGCCGAAAUCCUGUCUGUAGUAACCGUGCACGCUUUGUGCUCGACACAAACAAAAGUCGGUUUGUGGAUUUCCAGAAGGUUCGCAUACAGGAAGUCCAAGCUGAACUGCCAAGGGGGUGCAUCCCACGCAGUGUUGAAAUAGUAGUUCGUGCCGAGGCUGUGGAGAGGGCGCAGGCAGGUGACCGCUGCGACUUCACAGGAACUUUGAUUGUAGUGCCCGACGUGUCGGCCUUAAACCUACCUGGUGCUCGGGCCGAGAGUUCUGCCAGGCAUAAGGGUGAAGACAGCGAAGGAGUAACGGGCCUCAAGGCACUUGGUGUGCGAGAUCUCAACUACAGAAUGGCAUUCUUGGCUUGUUCUAUCACGCCCACCAACCCGAAGUUUGGUGGAAAGGAGAUUCGUGGGGAAGAGAUGACUGCUGAAGGAAUCAAGAGACAGAUGACAGAGCUUGAGUGGAAUAAAGUGUAUGAAAUGUCUCGAGACAAGAAUCUUUACCAGAAUCUUAUAUCAUCCUUGUUCCCAACUAUUCAUGGCAACGAUGAAGUCAAGAGAGGAAUCCUGUUGAUGAUGUUUGGAGGCGUUCCCAAGACAACUAUGGAAGGUACAACACUUCGUGGUGAUAUUAACGUGUGUGUGGUUGGCGAUCCAUCUACAGCCAAAUCCCAGUUUCUCAAACAGGUGGCUGACUUCAGUCCACGAGCAGUUUAUACCUCUGGUAAGGCAUCUUCGGCUGCUGGUUUGACAGCAGCUGUUGUUAAAGAUGAAGAAUCCCAUGAAUUUGUCAUAGAGGCUGGUGCUCUCAUGUUGGCUGACAAUGGUGUGUGUUGUAUUGAUGAGUUUGACAAGAUGGAUGUUAGAGAUCAGGUUGCCAUUCACGAGGCCAUGGAACAGCAGACGAUCUCAAUUACUAAGGCGGGUGUGAAAGCUACAUUGAAUGCACGUACUUCAAUUUUGGCUGCUGCGAACCCAAUUGGUGGUCGCUAUGACCGGACGAAGUCACUCCGGCAGAAUAUUGCCCUUUCGGCGCCUAUUAUGUCACGAUUCGAUCUCUUCUUCAUUCUUGUAGAUGAGUGUAAUGAGGUAACAGACUAUGCUAUUGCCCGGCGAAUUGUUGAUCUACAUUGUCGGAAUGAAGAGAGCAUUGACAGAACAUAUUCUCUGGAGGAAAUUCAGCGCUACAUUAUGUUUGCCAGACAGUUCAAGCCAAAGCUUAAUAAGGAAGCUAGCGAGUACUUGGUGGAACAGUACCGCGGUCUUCGUCAACGUGACUGUUCUGGGGCUGCAAAAUCCUCAUGGCGCAUUACUGUACGUCAGCUCGAGUCCAUGAUUCGAUUGUCUGAGGGCAUGGCUAGAAUGCAUUGUUCAGAUGAGGUAAAACCGAAACAUGUAAAAGAAGCAUACCGGCUGCUUAAUAAAUCCAUCAUUCGUGUUGAACAACCAGAUGUCCAUCUAGAAGAUGUUGAAGAGGAACAGGAGGUGGAGGAGCCCAUGGAGACGGACGAGAACAGGGAUCCGAAUGGUCAAAUUAAUGGUACAAAUGAUGAGGGAGAUGGAGCCACGUCUGAUGCCUUAAAGAAGAAGAAAUUGAAGCUGUCCUACGAAGCUUACCGUAGCAUGUCGAACCUUCUGAUCAUGCACAUGCGGAAUGAGGAGCAGCGCCUUGAGGAAGACGAGUCUGAAACUUCCGGGCUGAGGAGAUCGGCUAUUAUAAACUGGUACUUAAAUGAGAUCAGUGGAGACAUUGAGUCCGAGGCAGAGCUGGUAGAAAAGAAGAUGGUUGUUGAGAAAGUUCUUGACAGACUGAUGUAUCAUGAUCAAGUAAUCAUCCCAUUGACCAGUAGCGGCUUGAAGGGUUCUGCAGCGGCCACUGAAGAUGACGACCCCGAGCUUCUAGUGCAUCCUAAUUAUAUCUUGGAUUCAUAAGUUCAGGCAUGGAAAUGUAACUUAUGCUUCGCCAUUCCUCCGCUCCCUAGCUAUUACUACAAUUUCAUUCUAUUAUACCAUCUGUUUGUCUUGCAUUUUUAAAAUGUUAUUGAAUACUUAAGCAUAGAUUAGUUUUCUGUCCUGUGUAAUAAUUCUGGUUAGUAGGGUAGUGCUAUAAUUUUUUCAAAACAAUCAAUUUGUACAAAGUCAGGACAUUAAAGUAUAACCAUUUUCCUGUAAUAACUAAAUAUGGAUUUUGUUCUAUUGCAAUGAAAAUGCUGCCAACAAAAAUUUAAUUGUUUUCAAGACUAGCAUGUAAAUAUCCCUAUAUUAAAUACAUAUUUUAUAUAUGAAAAA